GGCAUGGCGGCUGGUGCGCUACGCGGCUUGGCAGUGGCCGGUGGAGGCGAGAGUAGUGAGAGCGAGGAUGACGGCUGGGAGAUUGGUUAUCUCGACCGGACGGUUCAGAAAUUAAAAGGGCCAUUACUCCCUGAAGAAAAGAAUGAAACAUUUAAAAAAGCAUUGACCACAGGAGAUAUUUCACUGGUCAAGGAGCUCCUAGAUUCUGGCAUUAGUGUGGAUUCCAGCUUUCGGUAUGGAUGGACUCCUCUUAUGUAUGCUGCUAGUAUUUCCAAUGUAGAGCUGGUUCGUGUCCUUUUGGACAGAGGUGCUAAUGCAAGCUUUGAAAAGGAUAAGCAGACUAUUUUGAUAACUGCUUGUUCUGCACGUGGCUCAGAGGAACAGAUCUUAAAGUGUGUAGAUCUACUGCUUUCAAGAAAUGCUGAUCCAAAUGUUGCUUGUAGGAGACUUAUGACUCCAAUCAUGUAUGCUGCCCGAGAUGGUCAUCCUCAGGUUGUUGCUCUUCUUGUUGCUCAUGGAGCCGAAGUUAAUACCCAGGAUGAGAAUGGUUAUACUGCUUUAACGUGGGCAGCACGUCAGGGUCAUAAAAAUGUAGUUUUGAAGUUGCUUGAACUUGGAGCUAAUAAAAUGCUACAGACCAAAGAUGGAAAGACACCAAGUGAGAUUGCAAAAAGAAAUAAACAUCUAGAGAUCUUCAAUUUUCUUUCUUUAACUUUAAAUCCAUUGGAGGGAAAGCUUCAACAGCUAACUAAAGAAGAGACUAUUUGUAAACUACUGACAACAGAUUCUGAUAAAGAAAAAGAUCACAUAUUUAGUUCAUAUACAGCAUUUGGAGAUCUGGAAAUAUUUUUACAUGGUCUUGGACUUGAACAUAUGGCAGAUUUAUUAAAGGAAAGGGAUAUAACCUUAAGACACCUUUUGACCAUGAGAAAAGAUGAAUUUACAAAGAAUGGAAUUACCAGUAGAGAUCAGCAGAAAAUUCUGGCUGCUCUUAAAGAACUAGAAGUAGAAGAUAUAAAAUUUGGAGAAUUACCUGAAGUGGCAAAGUUGGAAAUCAGUGGUGAUGAGUUCCUCAACUUUCUUCUGAAAUUAAACAAACAGUGUGGCCAUUUAAUAACAGCUGUACAGAAUAUCAUUACUGAGUUGCCUGUAAAUUCUCACAAGAUAGUACUAGAAUGGGCUUCUCCCCGGAAUUUUACUUCAGUUUGUGAAGAACUGGUUAGUAAUGUUGAAGAUUUGAGCGAAGAGGUCUGCAAACUAAAAGACUUAAUUCAGAAGUUGCAAAAUGAGCGAGAAAAUGAUCCAACUCAUAUACCAUUAAUGGAAGAAGUGUCUACAUGGAAUAGUAGAAUUUUGAAGAGGACGGCCAUUACAGUAUGCGGAUUUGGGUUCCUUCUUUUUGUUUGCAAGCUAACCUUCCAGAGAAAAUAACCCUAAUAUUUGUUUUGAAUAUUGUAUGUAUAAUUCAAAUUACCUACAAAUGUUGCUUUUAACUGUGGCA